AUGAAAGCACUACGCGGCGGACUCAGGGCCAACACCAACGUACGCCUUGGGGGGCUGUGGGGCUUCUCGCCUCCUGCAGCAAUGCCUCAGAAGCGGCUGCAGAACCAGCAGCAGCAGCAGCAGGAACAGCAACGGCAACGAACGGGGCAGCGACAAUCACCCACGUGUGUGCCUGCUGCUGGUCGGCCGAUGGGUAUAGCUAGCGGCGAUAGCACCAUCAACUCAGUGAGAUGCAGCAGCAGCGCCACCACAAACAGCAAUAACGAAAGCAGCAGCAGCAACGGCAACAGCAGCAGCAGUACCUCGCACAGCUUGGCGGGUGGCGAUUUACUAGUAGAAAAGCGUCGGGGGCCCCUUGGAGGGCCCCCCGUAUAUACCGUGACUCUUAAUCGUCCGCGGCGCCUCAAUGCUUUGUCAUUACCCCUGCUGCAGCAGCUGCAGCAGCUGCUGCUCUCUAUCGAGCAAAAGGAAGCAAAAAAUGCUCUCAUAAUCCUUAGAGGAGAAGGAAAACAAGCCUUCUGUGCAGGUGGGGACGUCCGGGCCAUUGCUGCAAGCAGUUCAGAGAGUGCCAUUUCUUUUUUUUCUCUCGAAUAUUCUUUCGACUUGUAUUUGGCGCAGCAGCAAGGGCCACCAGUGGUUGCCCUUUGGGACGGCAUUGUCUUCGGUGGCGGUGUCGGGUUAACCGUUCACGGGGGUCUUCGUGUAUGCACAGAGAAUACCUUGUUCUCAAUGCCAGAGGUUCACAUUGGACUGUUCCCGGACGCGGGAAUGACUCAGGCCUUCGCGGAUGUGAGGCCGCGCGGCCUAGGGCUGUUUCUUGCCCUCACAGGGGAGCGACUAAGAGCAGCAGACCUCAUUCAAACAGGGUUUGCAACGCAUUACCUGCCAUCUGCCCACCUCCCCGAAGCCAUUGCUCGCCUUCAGGAAGGGCCCCCUCCCCGUGCCGAUCCCAAGUCUUGGGCCUCCCGCGUCCUCGAGGAAGUGCGCAAGGGGGCCCCAACGGGGGCCCCUGCAACGCCACCCGAACAAGAACGGCUGCUGCAGCCUCAAUUCCUGCAGUUCUUAGAGCGUUAUUUCGCUAACGCUGAGUCGCUUCAGAGCCUUGUGACCGCCUUGGAAGAGAAUUCCAAUUGCUGCAGCUGGUGCCGCAAAACCCUCAGCGAAAUGCAGCGCGCCUGUCCGCUGUCCCUCGCCGUCUCUUUUAAAGCCAUUCGAGACAGAGAGAAUGCCACAGCUGCAGCAACAGCAGCAAGAACAACGACGUCUGCUCGUGGUGUCUUGGAGGGGACACCCGUCCCAGGGCAACAGAAACAGCAGGAGCAUCAGCAGCAGCGGCUUCAGCUGCUGCGCGAGGCCUUACAAGUUGAGUUGGUGUUGAUGGGCAACAUGGCGGCAGUUUCUUGUGCAAAUUUUAGAGAAGGAGUUCGGGCACUUCUCAUAGACAAAGACAAAAAGCCCCAGUGGCAGCCCAACAGUCUGAAGGGAGUUAGCGAAGAUGCGGUGUCACAACUCUUUCAGUGGAAAGCACCUCUGCCCUUAGCGCGGCUUUGA